AUGAACUUGGCGGGAGUGCGGAGCAAGGUCUCGACUUACUGGGAGAAAUUCUUAAUAACGCACGCUUACGCCAAGUCUCUACUGGAUACCGGCUUCUUUUCUUUGGAGAAUGCCGCACGAGAGUGUAGCCAAACCUUUUACUACAACUACACUAAACGCCAAGCCUUUGGUGAACUGACCACCAUUAUUACAAGUUGGAAACAUUCUCCCCCAAAAGACUGGACCGCUGCUGCUACGACAGUCCGCAACCGGGGCACAGAGUGUAACGCUGCCACUUGGAUAACAGCGUUUCCCUUGUACUUCUACAAUCGUACGGAGCAGAUGAGUUUCUCUGUAGACCGUGUAGCCCGACUCACACACUCUUCCAAUGAUGCCGCCGCUGGGGCACAGUUGCAGGCCUACGCCAUCAGUCUGGUUCUAAAGAAUAAAAAGAUGAAGGAACUUGAGUUUCUCGCCGCUCUUGUUGAAUACACUAGCAAGUCUCUCCCCGAUUCUGUACGCCAGAAAUUUUAUACACGUAUGAUGAUGGUGCUGGACUACGCGGAACGCGCUGAACCAAAGGAAAAACUGUUCAAAGCCAUUGGCGUUGGCACCAGCCCUUUGGACGCAGUUCCCGUUGCCAUUUACUGUGCUGCUAUUGGUCGCCGCAGCGAUUCCCCUUUUGAAACCACCCUUCAUGCGGCAAUGUUAACCGGAGGAUGCACCGAUGCCAUUGGGACCAUGGCUUGUGCCAUUGCAGGAGCCUGGUCCGGAUUCUCAGGUAUACCUGACGAAAUGGUGGGCAUCUGGGACGGCCAGGAGCAGGUGUAUACCUUAGCCGAAGAACUGUACAAGUACGUUUCCACACUGCACGACCCCAACGGACCACUCAGUACUUUUGAAAAUUGGCCACACCUCCUGCCUUCUGCCGGCGCCAUGGCGAGGAUCGGACUGUACUACACCGGAUCUGAUGAUACAGUUAAAUGUCAUUUCUGUCGGUUUACAAUGAGCAACUGGACACCGGGAGAUCCAUACAAUGACCAUCAGAAAUUUAACCGAAAUUGUAUUUUUGUCAAAGAUUGUACUGCUACUCCUGUGUAUGUUCAUGCGGUCUGA